CGCAUUCCGUCACGGCGUUUGUCUGGUUUGUCUGCACGUGUGUGGUUACUGCAUGGUCUAUGAUUCUGUAGGUCACUUUGUUUUGAAGGUAUAAUAAUGACCACAGAACCAGAUUUGUCCGAUGAAAAUGACAGCGACGAAGAGUUCGAAUUCUCCCCAAAGUUCAGUUUCGUGGACAACGCAUCUGAGUAUUUCCGCGACACCUGGAGCGACCUGACGAAGUUAGUCAAAAAGAAGAAAAGCGUCAAGAUUGACGAAAAAAUAUCAAAGGCCAUCGAGAAGAGAGCUGGGAAGAACCACCAAGAAGUGAAGCUUGACAAAAACCUGCAAGAUGAGACACAGGACAUCAGAGACACACUCAAGACUAAAAAGAAGAAAACAAAGGGUUCCAAAAGGAAACAAAAGGCUGCAGGAGAGGCAGAGGAUGAAGAAGACGUCACGAGUGCCUUUUUUGGGGACGAGGACACCUCUUUCCAACAAAUGAACCUGUCGAGGCCUUUACUAAAAGCCCUCACAGCAAUGAACUUUGUGUACCCGACACCGAUCCAGGCUUCCACCAUACCCAUGGGACUUCUCGGCCGCGACAUUUAUGCAUGUGCAGCCACGGGAACAGGCAAGACAGCCGCAUUUAUGCUGCCUGUGCUGGAACGCCUGCUGUUCAAGCCCAAGCAGGAGCUGGUGACGCGGGUGCUGGUGGUGGUGCCCACCCGGGAGCUAGCGGUGCAGGUGUACCAAGUCAGCCUGCAGCUGGCACAGUUCACCAACGUCAUGAUCGCGCUCUCGGCGGGUGGCCUGGAUCUGAAGGCCCAGGAGGCAGCACUUCGCAGGGUGCCCGACAUCAUCAUCGCCACCCCGGGCCGUCUCAUCGACCACCUGCAGAACACACCCGGCUUCGACCUGCACAACAUUGAGGUUCUCAUACUGGACGAGGCAGACAAAAUGUUGGACGACACGUUUGCGGAGCAAAUGAAGGAGAUCAUUCGGCAGUGCGCCCCAACGAGGCAGACAAUGCUGUUCUCGGCAACAAUGACUGAGGAGGUCAAAGACCUCGCGGCAGUUUCGUUGCAAAAGCCGGUCAAGCUGUUCCUCAACAACAACACAGACGUGGCACUCAACCUGAGGCAAGAGUUCAUCCGCGUCAGGCCGCAGAGGGAAGGCGACCGGGAGGCCAUCUUGGCAGCGCUGGUCUGCCGGACGUUCCACGACCACACGAUUGUGUUUGUGCAAACCAAAAAGCUGGCCCACCGGCUGCGCGUGCUGCUGGGACUCCUGGGCGUGCGUGCGGACGAGCUGCACGGAAACCUGAACCAGGCCCAGCGGCUGGAGGCCCUGCACCGCUUCAAGGAGCUUGAGGUGGACGUCCUUGUCACCACCGACCUGGUUGCGCGCGGCCUCGACAUCAAGGACGUCAAGACCGUGAUCAACUUCACACUGCCUCAUACGGUACAGCACUACGUGCACCGUGUGGGUCGUACGGCACGUGCUGGCAAAAGUGGAAGGUCGGUCUCUAUGGUUGGUGAACAGGAGAGGAAGCUGCUCAAGGAAAUCGUCAAGCAAGCCAAGACUGCUGUCAAGCAGCGAAUACUGCCUCAGGAGGUGAUUGCACACUACCGCGAGAAGAUAGCCUCCCUGGAAGAAGAGGUGGAGAACAUUUUGAAGGAAGAGAAGGCAGAGAAGGAGCUGGGCAACAUUGAGAAGGACGUGGAGAAGGCCACCGAACUAAUCAACAAGAAAGCAGCCGACCUGAAGGAGCCCAAGAGGAGCUGGUUCCAGACCCCCAAGGAGAAGUUCAGGGAGCAAGUUCGUCUCAAGCUUGGGGAACACAGCAAGCAGUCUCUCAAGAAAAUUAAGAUUCCUGCCAGGGCGCAAAACGCUGAGGACCGAGUGUCGAGGGAGCUCGAGAAGACUGCCCAGUUCCAGGCACGGCAGGCCAAGAGGGCCAAGAAGCCCAAGCGGAUACGAGCGAUCACCGAAGACGACGGCAAUAGGAAAGCCCUUCCGUCCAAAGGAAAGAAAGGAGCCAACAAACGGAAGAGCUUCGACGCAGAGUUGGCGGACACGAGCCAAAAGGCGAUCAAGAAACUCAGAUAUGGGCCGUCGUACAAGGAGAAAGUCCAGAUGGGCCUGGCCAAGAAGAGCAAGGGCCCAGUCAAGAAGUUCAAGUCCAAGAGCAGAUACAGGAGAAAGUAGGCCCAUGAGGCACGCUCUUGUAAUAAACACUUGUGAAUACCAACAACGAA